GAGGGCGCCGGCGAAAAGAAGCUGUCCAACGCCGAGCUCAAGAAGAAGGCCAAGGAGGAAAAGGCCGCCAGGAGAGCGGCAGCAAAAGUCUCACAGCCACAGCCGCCCGCCAGCGCGCCGGGCCAGGGCGACAGCGCAAAGGGCGGCAAGCCCAAGCCCAAGCAAGACGGACCUCAGGCUGGAGCUCAGCAUGGAAAGACUCCCGCCCCGCGAUCGGCUGCGCCCAUGACGGCCGCGCCCAAGGAGGUGAAGCCGUCGGUUCCAGAGUGCUUCAGCCAUUUGGCCAUGGCCAAGGGCGUCAACCUGACGCAUGCGGACAAGGACGUGCACCCUGCUGUUUUGCUGCUGGGCCAGCAGAUGAGCACCAUGGCCAUCAGUGAUAGCACCACUCGGCUGGAAGCUACUCUCCUGGCAUUCAAAAAGGUCAUCGAUUCAUACACAACACCCCACGGCACCACGCUGUCACGACACUUCACCUCCCACGUCCUCAACCCCCAAAUCGUCUACCUCACAGCAUGCCGCCCCAUGUGCUUCUCCAUGGGCAACGCCAUCAGAUGGCUCAAGCUUCAGAUCAGCAAGAUUGAUAUCGACAUGGCCGAUUCUGACGCCAAGAAGCUUCUGUGCGAGGCCAUCGACAGCUUCAUCCACGAGCGCAUCACCCUCGCCGACCUCGUCAUCGUCAACACCGCCGCCGACAUGAUUGCCCAGGACGACGUCAUCCUCACAUACGCCCACCACCACCUCGUCGAGCGCGCCCUGCUCAAGGCAAAGGCCAGCGGCAAGCGCUUCAAGGUCAUCCUCGUCGACGAUCCCUUUGAGCGGGUCGGCCUCGCCCAUGUCAAGAAGCUCGCCGCCGCGGGCAUCCCCGUCGCCUACUCGCCCGACUUUGGUGCCCUGCGAACAAACCUCCAGGAGUCCACCACCGUCCUCGUCGCCGCAGAGGCCAUGUUUAGCAACGGCGCCAUGUACGCGCGAGCAGGCACCUGUGACGUCGCUACGGCGGCGUUUGACCUGGGCAUGCGAGUCACGUCGUUGUGCGAGACCAUCAACUUCACUGAGCGGGUGUCGAUAGAUUCGCUCACCUACAACGAAAUUGAUCCGGAGAGAAACACGGAUGAGGAGUUUAGGUUGUUGUUUGACACGACGAGAGAUAAGUCGAUUUCGGCCGUCGUGACGGAGCUGGGCAUCUGUUCGGCCAAGUCUGUCCCUGCUAUUUUGCGGAAGCUGGAGGAA